AUGAAAUACAAUGUCAUGGACUUUGGCAUGAAGCCGGGAACUCGAUGCACGGUCAAGAAAAUCGAUUUUUUGGAUGAAAACAACAAGAAGAAGGUCGUGAAUUGUUACUUUACAAGUGGUCCAGACAAAGAUAUGUCCCGCGAAUUAUUGAACAUCGCUUUGGAUUUGGGUUGCAAAGUGCCGGCUGGGUGCAAGUUGGCUGAAUUACAAGAAAUCGUGAAGCAACAUCAAGCGUUCAAACAAAUCACAAAAUUGGAAAAACUUGGGAUCAAGUAUGGCGUCAAAAUUAUCUUUGGUCCAAAAUAUCACUGCGAAUUGAACGCAAUUGAAGGAAUGUGGUGUUAUAUGACGGGAUACACCCGCAAGAAUAGCGACCAAACAUUCAACAGGAUGUUACUAUUGAUUCAAGGAGGAAAAAUCAAUUUUGAUCAAAAACAAGUCUACCUGAAACUCUAUAGAAGAUUUUGGAAAACGCUCACCGGAUAUCAGCAAGGACAAAAUUACAAGCAAAUCCUUUAAAUGUUUUUUUCGGGAUUAUGCAGAGACAAAAUUAUUUCGCAUCGAAAAAUCACCAACACAAAAUUGCAAUAGGCACAGUAGUCUAUUUUCUUAGUAUUCUUAAAUUCUAGGACUUAAAAUAAAUUGCAAAGCACACCUUCUUUUUAGGUUUUAGGCUCUGGACGGAAAACGUUACGUAAGAUAUUCAGCCAGAUCUGCUAGACUUUGUGGAAACUCAGAAAUAUCGGCAGUGGACUGGCAAUCGUUUUUUACCUCUAUACUUCGAGUUUCAAAAAAUUUUAAGCUAAAACAAAAAAGUUAUUAAAAACUCGCUACGCCGAUUGGGUCAAAAACUGGAUUUUUUCGAUAAAAACCUCCUAACUCAGCAAGGGAAAAAAUACUUGAAAAAAAGAUCCGUGCGUUUGUAGCAAAUUUCAUGGGGAAUCGAAUGGCGAAAGAAUUAAGUUUGUAUCUACUGUGAAAAAAAUCUGAUGGCACUUUUCCUGGGUCGAGGUAAUUAUAGGUCGCAUUAUUAUAUCGAUCCGCGUGGAUUUGUGGAUCACUUUUAUUCAUUGGAAAAUUUUAAAACUCAUGUAGAUCGAUGCAGCUUUUCACGAUGAGUCAGAAUAACUAGCUUUGAAGGUUCCAAAUAGUUAAUUGUAACAAAAUAUAAAGUGAUUUUUACAAAAUUAGCCGUUGUUGGCAAAAAAACACGUUUUUUCGUUUUUUUCGCUUUUCUCAACGAAGACGCAAGUUAAUCAAAUUUUAAAGGUGAUAUUCUGAAUCAGCGUAAACUUCUGCGCCUAGGGAUAUGCAACAAGGGUGGAUUGUGAAUUUCACUGUAACUUCGAAUUUGGAGCCCCUUAAAAACACAUUAAAUAAAAUCAACAAUAUUUCCAUUCCACCCCUUUUUGACGGCUCUUCAAAAGAACUAAUGAUAGAUCCAGGAAAAAGGCUGAGCUUUUAAACAAACAUUUCGCGAUGCUUUGCUCAAUGCCACUUAAUGAGGUUAAUGAUAUGCCGUUAGUUCUUCCAACAUCCAGCAAAUUCUCAAUGAUGAAAUUUCAUAUUUUUGCGAGUGAAGUUUUUGAAUUACUGUGUAGAAUUGAUUGUAGUAGAGCUAGUGCGCCUGGUCUGUCAGCGAGAAUAAUUAGAGAAGCUUCACCUGUCUUAACUCCGAUCAUAAGCUAUUUAUUUAAUCAAGCUCUAGAACAGGAACAGUUUCCUAAAACUUGGAAACUUGGCUAUAAUUAAUAUAAAAUUUCCGCUGUAAAUAGCUCUUUUCAAAUGAAAAAGAUAAAAGAAUGAAUUCAAUUCCUUUCUUAUCAUCUUUUUUCAAAGUUAAACUGAAAAGUCCAGUGACAAAUGAGAAAAAACUCAAUGAUAUUUCGUC